AUGGCGUCUUAUUCGGAGGAGGAUCUGUGCUGUUCUAUCUGCCGUGACAUCUUCAAAAAUCCUGUGAUUCUGUCAUGUAGCCACAGCUUCUGUAGAGCCUGUCUGCGGAGCUGGUGGACAGAGACACGGGCCCCCAAGUGUCCGAUCUGUAAAAAGAAACCUAAGUAUGAACCUCCUUGUAACUUGGUGUUAAAGAACCUGUGUGAGAACUUCUUACUGCAGAGAGACCAGAGAGCAACAUCAGACUCUGAGGGUCUCUGCAGUCUGCACUCUGAGAAACUCAGACUCUUCUGCCUGGAUCAUCAGCAGCCAGCAUGUCUCAUAUGCAGAGACUCUAAACUACACAGUAACCACUCAUUUAGACCCAUCGAUGAAGGUGUGCAAGAUCUCAGGGACCAGCUCCAGCAAAUCCUGAAACCUUUACAGGAGAAACUGAAGAGUCUCACUGAAAUCAAAGAGAGCUGGGAUAAAACAGGGAAAUACAUCAAGGCCCAGGCUGCAAACACAGAGAGGCAGAUAAAGCAGCAGUUUACGAAGCUUCACCAGUUUCUACAAGAGCAAGAAGAGGCCAGAAUCUGUGCUCUGAGGGAGGAAGAGGAGCAGAAGAGUCAGAUGAUGAAGGAGCAGAUGGAGGCUGUGAGCAGAGAGAUAGAAGCUCUUUCAGACACAGUCAAAGCCACAGAGGAGGAGCUGAGAGCUGCAGAUCUCUCAUUUCUGAAAAACUACAAGGCCGCAGUGGAAAGAGUCCAGCAGCGCCCCCUGCUGAAGAAUCCCCAGCUGCCUUCAGGAGCGCUGAUAGAUGUGGCCAAACACCUGGGCAACCUGAGCUUCAACAUCUGGAACACAAUGAUGGAUGUUGUCUCCUACAGUCCUGUGAUCCUGGACCCGAACACUGUUAGUCCAGAACUCAUCCUGUCUGAAGAUCUGACCUGUGUGAAACGAAGAGAGAAGAGGCGGCUGCUUCCUAAUAAUCCAGAGAGGAUUCGCUACCCUUACUCUGUCCUGGGUUCUGAGGGCUUCAACUCAGGGACUCACAGCUGGGACGUGGAAGUCGGGCAGAACACAGGCUGGGAUGUAGCUGUGUUUGAGGAGUCUGCAGACAGGAAGGAAGACUUUCACUCUAGACUGUGGAGACUCGAGCUUUGGAAUGAUAAAUACAGAGCAUACACCCCGUCAGGUGAAGGUGCUGAUCUGUCAGUCAAAGGACAUCCUCAGAGGGUCAGAGUCCAUCUGGACUGGGACAGAGGAAAACUGUCAUUCUCUGAUCCUGACUCUGAUACACUCAUACACACCUUCACACACAUUUUCACUAACAGACUGUUUCCAUUCAUCUGGACUCAGGAUUCAUCCCCUCUGAAGAUUUUACCUGUGGAGAUCUCUGUACCAGUGAAACAGUAAAGCCAGAGAUGAUGAUGAUGAUGAUGAUGAUGAUGAUGAUGAUGAUGAUGAUGAUGAUGAUGAUAAGGAGGAGGAGGAGGAGGAGGAGGAUUUUCAAGCUCACAGGAUCAAACUCUGAAUCUUGUCUCAGUCUAAAUGAAGUGUAUUUUCUCUCUUCCUCACAGAGUUGCCCACAUGUGCUGAAAUUUCUGUUGUCUUCUUAAAUCAGUGAAGGUGUUUUAAAUCAGUUGAAGGUUUUUAACUAACUGACUGAUGGAUCCUCUUCAGUUUGCAUACCGCACAAGAAGGGGUGUAGACAAUGCAAAAAUCUUAGACACCCUCCACGAACACUUGGACUGCCCUAAAACCUCCUCUUUGUUGACUUCUCCUUGGCAUUCAGCACCUUCCAGCCUCACAUCCUGGCCAACAAACUCUCCUCCUUCCACCUGGAUGACCACCUCAUCCUGUGGUUCCUAGGUUUCCUCACCCACACAACUCAACUGGGUCGCAGGAGGGCUGUGAGCUCUACCUCCCAGAACUCUGCUGACUGUCUAUGA